AUGGAACCGUCUCCAGGAGGAUCCCAAAUGGAUGCCCAGGAAGAGGUGAUGGAUAUUGUGGCUGCCAGAAGCCGAGGGGACAAUAGAGAGGUGGAGCUCAGAAAGCUGGAAAUGUUCGAAUUGAAGGUGCAGCAGAGACAAGACGAGCAAUCCAAGAGAGAGGAAAUGGGGAGGUCAUUCCAGUCAUCGCAGCAGCAUCCCAGCACAACAGGCGAUAACUCCACAGGUGAGGAAAUCGGAGAAGAAGAGCAAGACGAUCCCUUUAUUUUGAAGGUAGUACAGGAGCGAAUACAGAAUCAUCCUCAAGUCACCAGCGAAACUCUGCCAGCAGGAGCUGGUCUAGAGGAUUAUUCCAGCACAAAAGUCAACAACUCCACAGGAGAGGCAACCAGAAAGGAAGAAGCCGGUCCAGAGGACGAGCUGGCUUUUCCGCAACCAAGGUUGACUCGCGGGCAAAAUCUGUCAGAUCAAGCUGCCAUGCGUCCCGGGGCAUACACAGCGGUCCCCGGAACUGCUCUCCAGAGAACCACAACAUUCAGGGGAUCAUUGGCAGGAGGAGCUACUUCUUCUGCUCACGUUGAAGAGUUUACUUCAAGCGCACACACGAGCAAUCAAAGUACGGCAGAUGGCCAAGCCACGACUCCAGCAGACAACAAUAGUGGAUUGGCAGUGGCGAACCAGGUUGAAGAAAAUGAAAACCCUACACAGAUUGCCAAACUGGGCCAUUUGCACGGGGAAAAAGGAACAACCUCAACAACUCUCAAGAUCCUUGUUCUUGUUGGUGGCCUUCUCAUCAUUGGAGUGAUCGUUGGUUCCAUCUGUGGGGCUGGUCUGUGUAGCAGCAAAGAGGGUGAUGUGGAGACUGAGGCUCCCACUUCUUUUCGAUAUUUUGCUUUGGAGGACAUUCAAAACCGAAUUGAAGAGGCUUUUGGACCUGACUAUUUCUCUAAAAACGAUGAGCCAGAACCCACCCAGCCAAAGUUGAAGGCUCUUGAUUGGAUUGUGUUUGAGGAUCCUCUGCAGCUCAACCCAGAUGCCGAAAAUAUUCUACAGAGGUUCAUCUUGUCAUUGACUUACUUUCAAACAUCCCAAGAGAGCGAUUGGCUUGAUUGUGGGCCAUCUACAACUGCAAAUGAUCAAACAUGUUGGAUUCAAAAUUUCCGGGGUUCGGAAUUAGUGGCAAAUCAAUGGCUCGCAGGUGUUCAUGAGUGUCAAUGGGCAAGAAUUGUUUGUGACAGAGAAAAGAACAUUACUCAGCUGCGGCUUUGGGACAAUGGAUUGAAUGGCCCUCUGCCAACAGAACUUGCAAGUCUUCCAGCACUGAAUUUAUUAGACCUCAAGGGGAACCAACUGACGGGCACGGUUCCAAGCAUAUAUGGCAGAUUCCUUUCCCUUGCUUCGCUGAAUCUAGGCCACAACCAACUGUCUGGAAGUAUUCCAUUGGAAUUGUUUGGAAACAACAAACUCUCCUCAUUAUCUUUCGCAAACAAUUCACUAACAGGGACAGUGCCCACAGAGAUUGGACUCUUUGAUUGGACUUUGCUUGAUUUUCAGUCAAACAGCUUGUCCGGUUCCAUUCCUACAGAGCUCUUUCAGACUGGCCAAGGACUCCGUCUCUUUCUACAUCUUAAUGACAAUAAGCUUACAGGAACUCUACCCACCGAAAUUGGAGCAUUGCAUGGACGUGAUGAUCUCAUCCUCGCUUUGCAAGGGAAUCCUUUACGCGGAACCAUCCCAUCGGAAAUAAGUCUUUUGAGAGGCAAUAUCGGAGACCUUGAUAUCAGUUGGACCAAUAUGGAUGGCUCCCUGCCAGAGGAGCUAUUUACAAAAUGUACCAACUUAGUUUCUCUCAAGGCCUCCAACUCUGGUUUGACUGGGACAAUCAGCACUGGACUGCAGCUUUUGACAAAGCUGCAAUGGUUUGAUAUUUCCAACAACAAGUUCCAUGGCACCAUCCCAGCACAGCUUUCUGCUCUGACAAAACUACAACGUUUUAUUGUGAAUGGGAAUGACCUUUCUGGUUCCAUUCCAUCAUCUGUCUGUGCUUUGGAUGGCCCCGGAAAGGGCUUCUUUGAAAUGGCAGCUGACUGUUUGCCAGGGGAGAGCACAGGUGAUCCCAUGCUCUGCGGGAUUUUGCCUUGCGACAAUGAUGACCACCCUCUCACAAUCACAACAGCGACAACGGCUCAUUUAUUUUCAUUGUACGAUAUCAUCGCAACCACCACCAAGUAG